AUGUAUAGUUCUUUAAGGUCUUUUCUUUCUCGUAAAUCUAUUUUAUCUGUUAUAGGAAUUCUUGUUGCAUUUUUGAAUAAUGGCAGUGUCGAAAACGGAGUAUUUUCUGAACACGGUUUGAAUUCAAGAUUUUCAAGAAUAUUAUCUUCAGCUAAACUUGGAAGUGAAUAUGAUGUUUUAGACUUAUCUAUGCCCUCAGUUGUUAGUGUAUUUUCCUUAGGUAAAGAAGAAAUGAUGUCUUUGUUAAAAGAAGUAUAUGGACAAACAAAGAAAGCCAAUUUGAGUGAUGAAGAAAAAAUUAUUAAAGAUAUAAAAAAAUACAGAAUAAGUUGUAACUAUAGUGCUAUACCUUAUACAGAUGAAUUUGGUGUUGUUGUUUAUAACAAAACAGAUAAGGAAUUAGAUGCUGAUUUGGAAGGUUUAAAUGAAUUAUCUGAAACAUUUAGAGAUGAUGCUUAUAAUCACUGGGUUAGAGUGAUGAAGAAUGAAGAAAAUAAGUAUUUUGAAACUUUUGAUGAUUUAAGUACUUAUUACGAUAAAUUAAAAGAAGAGAAUUUAAUUUUAGAUAAUUAUAAAGAUCAAAAAUUAAAUGAAUGUAUUACUGCUGUGCAAACAAAAGCACAAAAGCUUUUACCAGGCUUAACAAAAAUAUUUGAAGACUGGGCUAAAGAUCAAACUUUAUAUAAAAACGAAUUCGAAACAUUAAUCUGUUCAGUAAGAAUUGCAUGGAGAGCUCUUACUAACUAUACUCUUUAUGAAUGUAAGAAAAUUUUCGUUAGAAAUUUAGAUGAAGUUGAAAAGGCAGAAGAAGAAAAAAAAUCAAAGAAAAAAGAAGAGAAAAAAAAUGAAAAGGAAGAAAAAACAAGUGAACAGAAAAAAGAAGAAAGCAAUACUAAAAAGAAUCUCAGAAAAAAACCACAAAAUGUUGGAGAUAAUUUUGAUGAAUUUUUAGAUAUGAAAGAAGCUGAUGAAAUUGUUCAAGAUGUAUUACAAGAAUUUGUAGAAGGAAAGAGCUCUGAAGAUGAAGAUAAAGAAAAAUAUGGAGAAAAACUUGAUGACUAUGAUGAUGACGAUGAAGAUGACUAUGAUGAUGAUGAAGAUGAUGACGAUGAUGAAGAUGCUGACGACGAUGAAAGAGGUGUAUUUAAAAUAAAGAAAGAUGAAACAGCUACAAUUAAGAAAGAUAUUGAAGAACUAGAAGAAUUUGUCUCAGUAGAAGACAUUACUAAUAUAGCACUUAAAAUAACAACUAAUGAAAAAAAUAAAGUAUCUAUGCUCAAAAAGGAAUUAAGUGAUUUCCAUCGUAAACAAUGUGAAAAACAUAAAGUAAAAGUAGAAGGUUCAAGAGGAGUAUUAAAAUCAUGUUAUAAUAUGAUAACAAAUGAAUUUGAAAAAGUACAAGGAUCACUUAAUAAAUCUUUCUUGUCCAUAUUAAUGGCUAAUGUAUUAUCCAAGAAAGAUGCUGAAAAAUACUUUGAUAAGUGUUUCAAUACUCAUGAAGACUUCAGAAAAAAAAUGAAAGAGACAUGUGAACAAAAGAUAAUUAAAUAUUUCAACUAUGAAGAUUAA